CAAGUCACGGGCCGCAAGCUAGGCGCCGAAGAAGAAGAACGACACCAUGGCGGACGGUGCUCAUCCACGACCGGCAACUGCGCCUUUUCGCGUCUCCUGUGCUCCCGCAGCAACCAGUCCCAUCAACGCUACGCCUCUGAAAAACGCCAGCAAACGCGCGUUCUUCGCCGGGUGGGCCGGUGCAGCGUCUGCGGCCACAAUCGUGGCGAUCGUGUCCUUCAGUGUCUACGCAACUGUGAGAAAGAGAAGGAGCAAGCAGCCUUCCUACACAGACACACACUCGUUCUGCUGCCCCGACGAGGUCGGGAAAAUAGCCAGGUACCUCAACACGAGCGUAGGCCCGUGCGACGACUUCUUCGCGUACGUCUGCUCAAGUUCGAUCGAGCUCGGCCGCUACAAACACACCAGCCUUGACUUUAGACUCGACAGCGCCACGAUAACACGCGUGAUGCCGCCCAACGUAACAAUGCUCAAGGCAGGAAGCUUCCUCUACUCAUCCUACGAGACGUGCGUGAAGACCACCUCCCAGCGCGAGUCGUUCGCCACCUCACUUGCGAGUGCCUUGUUGCAGGAAGCGGGAGGCCUCCUGAAGAAAGUGGACUCUCGAAGCGCGAUGGUAUUCAACGUGGCGGCGUCUCUCACGUAUUCUCUUACUUCAGGCAUCGAUAUGUUUUACCAAGGAACUGGGAGCGUCCUUAUGGCGAUCGACCUUGUUUGUAAUCCCGACACCGUCUCUCUGGACUGUCUGAAUGCUACAGUGGACGCGCUCAAGUAUACUACGAAUUCGACAGCGACAACAAUGGGUACCGCCAAGUUGGCUGCAACGCUCUGGGAACAAGGAGUCUCCGGACACUGUCUCACGCGCAAUUCUUUCAGAUAUUCAACAGCUACCACCACUGCCCGGACCAGAAGUGGCUGCAAGCGUACUUCGAGACCAGCGUGCCCUUAAUAAAAAGGACAAACUCUGCGUCUACACAAUGCUCUCGGUGAAUAGACCACAACAUCUCGGCUCAUCCCGCGUCAAGCCAUCCAUUAAGAAGUUGGAAGAUGGAAAGCUAACAUCGUCCAAGAACUUCAUACUGCUUCAUCAUUUGUGAAACAAUAGAUCACCAGUUCCGCGGAGAAAAAAGAACCGCGUCAUCU